GACCGUACGCGGAACCAUUGCUGAGUGAUACACUGUCACUGAUAGUGGUAGUUCAGUAAGAACCCAGAAUAAAUUUGCAGCAGUUGCAUGUGCAGUAUUGGCAAUCUUAAAUAUUGGAAGAAUUGAAGCACGACAAACCAGUUUCAAGAUGAAGGGAUUGGUUAUCAUUUUCCUGACUGUGGUGAGUUGGACCAGUGCCACCUCUCGUUUUAACCUGAGGGAGCCUUGCUACAAACCAUCUUUUGAUGCCGGAAUUAAGGAAGUUAGAAAAUCCAACAUUUCAGUUGGGGCUCUACCCACAGCAUUUGACUGGCGAAAUGUGAACGGCACCAACUUUGCCAGCACUACCCGCAACCAGCACAUCCCCACCUACUGUGGUUCCUGUUGGGCAAUGGGCACCACCAGCGCUCUGGCAGAUCGAAUCAACAUCAUGCGAGGAGGUGCGUGGCCUUCCGCCUACCUGUCUGUUCAGAACGUCCUAGACUGCGGGGGUGCCGGUACUUGCCACGGGGGCGGUCAGAUUGGGGUGUACGCCUAUGCCAAAGAAACUGGCAUCCCUGAUGAAACGUGCAAUAAUUACCAAGCAGCGGAUCAAGAAUGUGAUCCUUUCAAUACAUGUGGCACCUGUACAACGUUUGGUCAGUGUCAUGUUCUGAAGAAUUACACAGUGCACAAGGUGUCCGAAUACGGCAGUGUGGCAGGGCGCGGCCCGAUGAUGGCCGAGAUCUCUGCUAGAGGACCUAUCAGCUGUGGAGUCAUGGUGACUGAAGCGUUUGAUGCCUUCCAAGGAGGAAAGGUCUAUGCUGAAUACCAAAGCACGAUCUCAAUCAACCACAUUGUGUCCGUAGCUGGCUGGGGAGUGGAUGAGACUGGAGUGGAAUACUGGAUCGUGAGGAACUCUUGGGGUCAGCCCUGGGCCGAACAGGGGUGGGUCCGUAUUGUGACCAGUGCCUACAAGAGUGGCGCAGGAGAUAGCUACAACCUCGGUAUUGAGACCGAGUGUGCCUACGGUGUCCCCAUCGUGAAUUAAAACCAACGAGGACUAGAACCAGGGACCUACAGUUCAAAAGCCUUUCUACCGUCACAAACCACUUUCACAGAUCUGCACAUUUGUUCGUGCAUGCUACAUGCACAACUCAGCAAAGAUAAGUUUCUUGUUUAUGAUGUACUUAGAGCCAGAGGGCUUUAACUUUCAUUUUGCAACACAAAGUUAAAGACCUCCUGGCUAUCGAGUGACAUUUUUUAAAACUCCAAAAUGCAUAAUUGUCCAGCUAAUGUAACGACCAACUUGCAGAGUCGGUAACAUUUAUUACUAAUUGAUAUUUUCAACCUCAUUGUAUGGAAGGUAUUGCUGAAAGUGAAAUUGUUGCAAUUUUUUAAUCCUAUAUUAUCCUAUCCUAUACAAUGUCAACUAAACUUAAUUCAUGACCCAUAUGUUGAAUUUUGAUAUUUGAAACAUGGGUGGGGAAAUUCUUUUCUAUAUUCAUUGAUUUUGAGACCAUUUAGGAAAUUGUAAUCCUUUUAGGUUAUUAAAUACUGUUGCAUAUAUAUAUAUAUAUAUAUAUAUAUAUAUGCCCUUGAGUGAUGGGCUCUGAAUGCUUGGUCUCUGGUUCAACCUGGUGUGUUAUCAGAAUCAUGCAUUAGCAAAUCUUUCAUAUUUGUUUUUUUGUUUUUUUAUCAGAUUUUUACUAAUAAUUUUUUAAUCAUGAAUGAAUAACUAUUGUCUUAUGAAAAGUGUGGUACAUAUUAAUCUUGCAAAUACUUGAAUAUUUUUUGCAAUCAGAUUUUUUACUAAUACAUGUUUAAUCAUGAAUAAAUAGAACUUGUUUUUUAUGAAAAGUGUGGUACAUAUUAUGCUGAUUAUAGUAUUUUUGUAUGCAUGUAUUGAAAAGAUUUUUUUUUUUUAGAACUUAGACUUUCAAUAGGUGUACUGCAAAUGGUAUAAGAGAGUGAAAUGUACAAUACAUAUACAUGUAGUAGCAGUAUCUUCUAAGAGUUUGAGUAUGAAUGCAUAUUAUAUCUGUCAUCGGAAUUGAUAUAUUUUAGAGUAGGAACUUAGCACAGAGGUUAUCAUUUCAUCAAAAAUGAACCUUAAAGGGAAAAGACUAGAAAAGACAACACUCCAAACAAUGACAGGAGAUGAAUGAAGGUAAUGUCAAUGAUGAAGAACAAAGAUUAAUACAGGGUGAGAAAGUAAGAGGGUAGCUAAUUCACAUUGACAAGACAAAUCCAGAUUUUAAAAAAUAUACCCAGUAAUGAAAUUGUGGACCAUACUGAAAUACGUUGCUGAUAUGAGUUGGACAUGCAAUAAAUUUUGUAAGGUUUUAGUUCAGAGUGGCUGUUCUGUUUAGUUUAUUUCUGACGGUGCAAUAGUUAAACUACUUUGAAAGAAAGGUAGAUGUAUUUUGAAAAGUAGCCAGAGAGAUAUAUGAGGUUAAAGGAACUACUAUUUAUUGAGUUUUAGCUGUGGAAGUCAGGAUUUAUGCAAUAUAACAAGGCAUUUAGGCUUCAUUUUGUGCACAUGCAAAACUGAAAUUUAAAAAAAGAUGAAGGUUUAUUUUUAAGUCUUAAAAUUGAAUCUGAAUGAUUUGCCAAGUGAAUUUUUGUAAGGUGUUCUAUUUCUCAUGCUUUUUUCCCCUUCUUCUAUCUUGAUAUGAAUUUAUAGAAAUAUUUAUCAUUAUCAUCAUCAUUAUAUAUCGAUUCUGAGAAAAGUGCUGCAUAGUUUUCCAUAAACUGAUCUUUUAUGUCUUUAUGGCUUUAAUUAUGAAUCAUGUACUUUCUGUAUUGAAAUGCCGCUGAUACUCUUAUAUUUGGGAUAAAAAUCUAAACUGUUUGAGAUAUGUAUUACAUAUAGAAGACAUUGCAAUGAGAUGAAAAGUACUAUAAGAAACAAACAUGAAUAUGUGAUGUGAUUUUGAAGGAGUGACUGUUCUAUUAUCUAUGUCACUAUGUAUUGUUAACUGCAAGAGGAGUAGGAUAAGUAUUUAACAAAAUAAGAUUUAAACAAGUUUUUCAUUCAUCACUCACGCACAAGUCAUGAUCUGCAUAUAUUCUCAAUUAAAUUUCAAAUAUUAUAUUCGUCUUA